AUGCCGCCGGAACAUUCGAAGAAGAGAAAUAGAAUUACGUUGUCUUGCAAUUAUUGCAAGAAAAGGAAAGUGAAGUGUGAUAGAGGACAACCAUGCUCAUCAUGCGUCAAAUACAAUGUCCCCGGAUUGUGUGAAUAUAAUGCAUUUUUUAAUAAUGAAAACCAGCAUAUUGGUGAAUUGCCUCCGUUCACUGUUCAAAGUUCUAAUGGAGUUAAGAAGGGUAAGUUUGAUAUGAAUGCAGAAGCAAUUAAACGACAGGGGUCUCAAAAUCCGGAGCCGACUGUUCAUACAGAAUUGGAGAUGCUAAAGGAUAAAAUCCGACAGAUCGAAGCAUCAAUAACUGUGUCUAGUUUAUCACAACAAAAUUCUAAGAUAAGCCCUCCUCCUGAUCCAUAUUUAUUCAAUAAUAGUAUUAGUAAUAUUCCCUUAUCACGAACUUCAACAAGUUUGCGGGACCAAACUAAUCCAAUACAAUUACCUCCCUUAACCUGGCCUACUUCAACAUCAACCACGCCUAGAUCUGUUUCUACAGAAAGUAACAUUAGAUCGGAACAAGUCUACGAUUAUUCGAACGCCAAUUUAACAUAUGUGGGGAUUAAUCCUUUUGGAUCAUCAGAAGAGACAAUUAAUUUCUAUGAAGGAUAUACACCAUUAAUAAUGAAAUCAUCGAGAAGAAUGAAUUUUGGUCCUUUUGCGUGGAUAUCUCUCAUGAGUAAGGAUGUUGUGUUGCGUCUAUUAUGGAAGUAUGCUAAAGAGAAGAAAUUAAUUGAUCAUUCAGGACAAAAAGUUCUUGACUGGAACUCAGAAAAAAUAAACCAAGGAAAAUGUGGCAUACAAAAAGAUCAGACAUGUAAAAUUAGCCAGCCAGAUUUAGAAUCUCGAAGUAAUUUAGAAUCUGAACAGGAAAAGGAAUUUCGAGAAAAGGCAUUAGAUAGAGAUGGAUACAAUGAUAUAAGACUUUAUAAUAAUAUUUUAGAUGAUAAGGAGAAUCAAAAUGAAAAGGAGCAACGGUAUAAAGAUGAGAAACAACGAAAAAUAAACAUGAAUAAAAACGCAAUUUCUUUGGGUUUAACAGUAUUCGAAGGUAAGAUAGAUCAAGAAUUAAAGUUAAUUGACAAAAUUAAAGUUGUUUUACCUAAACAAAGGGUAAUUUGGAUCCUUAUUAAUAAAUUUUUUCUUACAGUUUAUCCCUUUGUUCCAUUUAUUGAUGAAACUGAUUUUAAAUCAGAAAUGUCUCGAAUAUUAGGACCAGAGGGCUCCAAUGAUUCCAAAAUCAGCGAAUUAAAUAUUGAAAAGAGAUUGGAUUUAGCAAACAUCGGAAUAUUGCUAAUUAUUAUUCGUUUUACAUACUUGUCUUUUUUUUCAAAUAGGAAUGGUGUUAAUGAAAAUAAUCUCAAGACGAAUGAUCCAUCAUCUAAAGCACAAGAGCUAAAGUAUCUUUUGUCAAACCCUAUAAACAUUGAUGUUAUACAUAUGGCACAAUUAUGUCUAGAUCAGUUUGAGCUAUUGCGUAAAACGAACUUGGCAGUGUUGCAAUGUGCAUUACUAAUGAGAUUAUACCAUAUGUUUUCACCUGAAGACGGAGAUGGUGCUGAUGGAGGUGACUCACAGAUUUAUACGGGAAUGUUGAUUCAAAUGGCUUAUUCUAUGGGCCUAAAUAGAGAACCUGAUAAUUUCCCAGAAGUAUGCAAUGAUGACAAAGUCAACAACAUUGGACGUAAGAUUUGGCUCUUUUUAGCAUUGGGAGAUUUUGUCCAAGCGUAUUGUUAUGGUAAUCCAUUGUGCAUUGAUGACAAAUAUGUGGAUACUAAACUACCAUACUAUAAACCUGGAAAUGAAAACAUCCUUAAUGUUGAGUUGGAAAAGAAUGUUUUAAGUACGUUUGCUUAUUUUAGCAAAUUUUAUGAAAAAUUAAAGACUAUUUUAGACCUUACAUUAUCUGUUAAGCAAUCAAUUAAAAUGGAAGAAUUGACAAUGCUAAUGAGUGAAUUUGAAAAGUUUAUCCAUCUACACUACGGAUCUUUAAGUCAGUUUUUUAUACCUUUUAAAGAUGACAAUUUUCAAUAUCCAUUUAUCAAGAUUAUGAAGUGCAAGAAUUAUGUCAACUUAACGAAUUUUAAUAUGAUUGUCUUUUAUCAUUUUUUUUUGUAUUAUGAAAAACGAAAGCAAACCAAUUUAUCAUUCUUUUAUUUGAGGAAAAUCUAUACAGUCGUGCUUAAUGAAUUCGUCGAAGGAAUUUUUCAGUUGGUUGAAAAUAACCAUAUUAACUUUGGAGAAGGCGCUGAUUUAAUUUUGAAUCCAAGUUUGGAACAAAUUAUUCACAAAUCUUCGCAAAUUAAUUUGGCCAUCUUAAUAAGAUUAAAAUUCCAACUACAUAAAAUGUCAAGAGAUGUGAAUCAUGAAUUGAAAAUGAGUAGUGAUUACUAUUACCAGGAGAAACAUUUGAAGCUUAGCAAAUUAGCGAAAUUUAUUCAAAAAUUGAUAGAUACAUUCAUGAUUGCUAUGACCAAUUUAAGUAAAAGGUACUACUAUGCAUGGAAAGUAACCAAGGCCUAUCGCUUUUUGUUAGAGUUCUCUGACUUAGAUGAAUUUCUAGCAAAAGAAUACAAUCAGGAUAUUAUUGAGUUUAGUGUCGACCAAGUAGAUGAAUUAUCAAGAAUGUGUGAAGAGUCAUUGAAAAGACUUCAUAAAACUAGAAUAGCGAAGAAAGAAAACAACAUUAAUGAAGAGAAGUAUGAACUGCAAAAUAAUCAAACCGGAAGCGACAUACCAGUUAAGGAUAUGAAUAAUGACGAGAGAGAAUCGGUUGACAAUGUGCAAGUCAAUGAACUUAAUCCAUUGACCCCCGGUAUGUCUGUUGCAUCGCUGAAUUCAUUGAAUUUCGAAGACAUGGAGUUUAUUAACAAUAACGAAAUUGAUAAUCUCUGGAUGCAGAUGGCCUCAAUGAAGAAUGAAGCUAAUUCCAACCCUGAGAACAAUAAUAAUUUAGGUAACCAAGGUCUGGAAUUGCAGCCAUUGCAAACACCCGGAAGUUAUAACUCAAGAACUCCAUUCAGUAGCAACGAAUUUAACGAGAACCAAUUUGAGCUCUUAAGGGAUAUACAUUUAGAUCAGAUAUUUGAUGGCAAUUAUUAA